GCCGGCACAGCGCACCGACAGAGCAUCGCAGCCUCGAAGCAAGCAACAGCGACGGGCGUCGAACGGGCGGAAGUGUCGCGUUACAGCGCUUUCCGUCGCGCGCUGGCUUGCGCACCACGCCAUGGGGCGAGGAGGCGGACGAUGAGCUCAAGGGUACCCGCCCCCCCUCGGCGGCUUCGUCUUGACAGCGGUCCGCGCUGUUCUGUCUCCCUUCCCAAGGAUCGAGCCCCAGAGAGCGCCGCCGGCCGGGCCCUAGAGUCUCUGCGUGCGCGACUGUGCUGGGCUGGGUUGGACGGGUCCUGGGCCGGGAGUGCUCGCCUGCUGCUUGCCUGAGAGAGUGCCGGAGAGGGAAAGAGGGAAGCGCGCCCUGCGUCUGAGAGCAGGGGGUCCGCCGGAGGUACCCCCCCGAGCCCUGGAUUUCUUUUUUCGGACAUUGUGAGAGGGGUCCCUGCUCUGUUCCCUUGUCAGCCGCGGGGGCGUCCUUGGGUGAGACGGACCGUCGCUCGGAAAGUGCGCCAGGAAUCGCAGAGAAUAAGCAUGGCACCAAAGUUAUGGAAACAAUGAAAGUCGGAGGAAGGAUCCAUCGUCAGGGGAGUGGUCCGUAGAGCGCGCACCACCAAGGCUAGCGAUGUUCAGCAGGAAAACAGGAAUAUGCUGUGGCGCGUUUUCCCUGAUUGUCGCCACUUUCUCGGUAUUCGUGCUGAUCGAGUUUGACGACUUCUACAGGGACCUCCUGAACAAGCAAGUGGCCAUAACGCCGGGCUCUACAGCCUUCAACGUGUGGAAAGAUGUGGGCUCCUGCUUCGACAUGUCUGCCAAUCUGUACUUCUUCAACAUCACCAACGUCAAGGCGGUCCAGGCGGGCAGAGCCAACCCUCGCCUGCGCCAAAUGGGCCCUUACUCUUACCGAAUUGAAUGGGUCAAGGACAACAUCACAUUCAACGACAACGGAACGGUGUCCUUCCUGGAGAAGAUGAUCUUUCAUUUCGACGAGGAGAAUUCCGCUGGCACGGAGGACGACCUUGUGACGACUGUCAACGUGCCUUUCAUCGCAACGCAGCACCUCCUGAGCGGCCAAAGCCUUCUCCUGCGCUCGGUGGGGCGCAUGUUGCUGUCCAGCCUAAGCCAGGACCUGUACCUGACGCGUAGCGUACGCGAGCUCAGCUUCGAAGGCUACCCGGACGUGCUCAUGAUGCUCGCAUCCGUUGCGCGCGGAGGCAACGGCGGUGCCGACAGCAAAGCGGCCGGUGGUCCCGGCGGCGUCGACAUCGUCAGCGUCUUUCGCUCGGGCUACCGCACGCUGGUUGACAAGCUCAAGAACCAGCCCGAGGACGCGGCCGGACGCUUCGCCUACAUGGCCGGGCGCAAUGACACGUUUCAUGAACUUCUAACGAUGUAUACAGGAGAGGGGGACAUUUGCCGGAUAAACCACUUGGACUCCAUAGACGGAAAAAGGCAACUCGGUAUCUGGGAAGACGAGGUGUGCGACAAAGUUCGUGGAUCGUUUGGCAACGUACGCCCUCCUCUCUCGACGUCCACGUCCGAGACUGUGUUCAUUCCUGACUUAAAACGGACUUUCGAACUUCACCACGUGGCCGACUCCAAGGUCGGUGGUCUGGGCACGCGGCGGUUCGCCGUCACAACGGACGUCUUCAAUCGGAGGUUGCCCGAGAACGCCUGCUACAACGCCGCCCGCAAGGACUUGCCUUCUGGACUCGCUGACCUCGGCCCUUUGCAGGACGGAGCUCCGGUCGUCAUGUCGCUGCCUCACUUCCUGUACGGAAGCUCUUCCCUCUACAAGGGCGUGGAUGGAUUGUAUCCCGACGAGGAGCAGCACCUCUUCUACAUCGACAGUGAACCGACCACGGGAGCGUCGGUUUCCGGCAGAGUUCGACUUCAGCUCAACGUAUUAAUAAAGGACAUUCCAGGCUUCUGGUCUUCCUCUGAACUGGGCUACACGGUCCUUCCCCUGUUUUGGCAAGAAGUGGUUGCUGAAGCGCAGGAGCACACCCUGACCAGAAUAAGAGUGGCGGUGCUGGCUCCGAUACUGGUUCGGUGCACCGCCAUAUUUCUUCUGGUGGCCUCCAUGAUCUUGCUGCUGGUCUCCUUCAUCACCUUGCUGAGGUCCCGCCGAAGUCGACGGCGCGUCGUCUCCGAGCCAUCCAAGUCUCCCAGGGACAAGGUGUCCAUCUACCUCAACGGCGGCAGCUUCCUCACCAGCCGAGACAACAACAACGGCCUUGUCAAGAACGGCGCUGUUCCGGCGGCGCUCGCUCAGGACGUGCCCGAGGCCGACGCCCUGCUCUUGCAAUCCACCGCUGUCUAGCGCCUACGGCCACACGGGUCGACACCAGUGCGCUCAAACUCGACGAGCAUCUACAAUACUGAAGCGUGACGUUUCCUGUGUCCUGUGACUGAAUAGUAUACGAUGCUUUUCGUCACAAGCACCAGGCGCCCCAGGCGAUGCGUCGUGCCUGUGUAAUAAAGGAGGUCAUGGGAUGGAGUAUAGUGCAGCUCUUGAGCUGCACUGACAACGCAGCGGAUCGUAUACAGGGUCAUAACCGGUCAGUGCAGGGACCAUCGGCAGCGACAAAGUGCAAUCGUGUAGGCCUUGCUCAAAGCGGUCGUUGAGGGUCGCCGGUUCGACCCCUUGCCAUAGUGCCUGUGUUCUUAACGCUUGUGAUCAUCGCACUCACGUACCCGGUCUGCGCGCUUUGGUGCUGUGAAAUUUCCGGUCGGUGCUAAGUGCGCAGCGAAUACGGACACGAACUACGAUACGAACUUCUAGCUCACUCUGCGCUCUGUGUGUGUCUUUGUGUGUGUGUGCGUGUGUGUGCGCGCUUGUAAGUGUUGGAUGCGUCAUCUGCGCGCAAUGCGUGCGUGCCAUCUCGCGAAGCUGAUAUGUGCCGAAGUUGAGUGCUAUAAUUGGACGGCUGGUUCAUCGCUCGUUGAUGUCCGACUGCCAAAAGAAGUGUGGCUACCAAAACUUAACGGUCGGUAACAAAUCAACAAAGCCGAAAUACCUGAAAGCGUUGAGUAAUGAACUGUUUCUCGCCUCAUGUAUAUUCUAACAGUCUGCUCCAAAUAAUGUGACUGUAUAAUGUAAUUGUGCAGAUGCAUAGGGUAUUUCUAUGCAAUUAGCAUUUGUGCUCGCGAAACGUCUAUUUUGAGUGCCGGUGUUCUUCUCGCACUGUUUAAGAACGUAUUUUUCUGUACUGUUGACGAAAAAGUCGUCAUCUGAGGUUUUCCCGUUACAUAAAUAACAUUACUGUCUGCCAUAUUUCAGUCAUAUCAUUCAAACUUUACCUCUGCGAUGCUUCAAAUCGUAAAGCAAGGACGCUGCCUGACGACUUGGAAAAUGCAGCAGUCGGAAACCCGCAGGUUUCUGCGACUUCUGUUUGUGAAUAUAAUUUAAUUGCUCGCUUGUGGUCAUGAAAACGACGAUUUACCACCGAUGAUUUUGUGCCUUGUGCUCCAUCGUAUUUCACUGAAACAUAGCGAUCAAGCUUCCUUUAAUACAGACCACUUGUGCUCAAAGAAAGACACAAGCUGAAAUCUUGCUGCCCAUUGUCUGUCGCAGAAGCGAGAAGGCCACCACCUUCGCUAGCAGAGUGUGCCAGCGCCAAUGCGCUACCGCUGCGUUCGCCUGCAGUGAAACUGGAGUCGUGCUUCCAACGAGGGCCACUUAUAGAAGGUUCAUCGUUCAGGAAACCGCAUUCUCUGGCACCUAGGAUGGUUACCUUCUCAUUUUAGCGAUAGACUCACGGGCCUGCAUGAAAGCUCGCUACACUGAUUAUUGUGCAAUUACAAUGUCUCGCGGUUUACUCGACAGUGCCAUUUGUUGCAUUUUUGUAUUUUUGCAUUCGUGUAACACUAAUAAAUAUAUGGGCAUUUUGAAUGAA